AUUGUAGCAACUAAGAAAAAAAAUCCAGCAACUAAAACAGAGUGAGAUCUUCAAAUUUGCAAAUGGAAGCACUCAAUUGCAAGCUUCUUUUGAUCUGCGCGACGCUCAUAGCGGCGGCGGUGGAAAUAACCGUCGAUGCGAGUGGGGACCACCACCAACACCAGACCCUGGAGUGGAUACCCAACAGAUCGCAAUGCAAGGGCUCCGUAGACGAAUGCUUAGCCGAUGAAGAGUUCGACCUGGACUCCGAGAGCAGCCGGCGAAUAUUAGCAACCACAAGGUACAUCAGCUACGGCGCGCUGCAGAGGAACACCGUGCCUUGCUCCCGGCGCGGUGCUUCCUACUACAAUUGCCAGCCCGGAGCUCAGGCUAACCCUUACAACCGUGGCUGCAGCCGUAUUACAAGGUGCAGGGGCUGAGCUCCUUUUUUUCUUCUAAUUUUAAUUUUUUCACCUUUUUUUAACAUCAUUUUCGAUGAAUGAGCGUUUGAUUGAUAUAGAUGAAGAAAAUGGAAGAGUUCAUU